AUGGCGGUCUGCGGCAGGAGGAAUCGACCCAAGUUACUUUGCGUCCUCUUCGGGGCGUCUUUAUUGGGGUGUUUCAUCCUCCUCAGGCGCCACAGUUCGGGGGAAGCGGGCGCGACGAGUCGACGGGAGGCCCCCGGGGAGAGCGACGCGGAGUACGAGCGUCUCAGGAAGCCCGUGUACGACAAGCCUCCCCCGGAUUUGAACGGCCUCGGCGACAUGGGGACGGCCGUCAAACUCAACCUCGACGAGGAGGAGCGGAGAAAGGAAGAGGAGAGCGUCAAAAAGCACCAGAUCAAUACUUAUGUCAGCGACAGGGUGUCGCUGCACCGCAGGCUGCCGGAGAGGUGGAACCCACUUUGCAGGGAGCUGGAGUAUGACUACCGCUCCUUGCCAUCAACUUCUGUGAUCAUUGCCUUCUACAACGAGGCCUGGUCCACCCUGCUGAGGACGGUCCACAGUGUACUGGAGACCUCCCCAGACAUUCUGUUGAAGGAGGUGGUGCUGGUAGACGACUACAGUGAAAGAGCUCAUCUGAAGGAGCCUUUGGAGAUCUACAUAUCGAACCUGAAAAAGGUCCGUCUGAUCCGGGCCACCAAGAGAGAGGGUCUGGUGCGGGCCCGGUUGCUUGGUGCAUCUAUAGCAGGGGGCGAUGUGCUGACCUUCCUGGACUGCCACUGCGAGUGUCACCAGGGCUGGUUGGAGCCUCUACUCCACAGGAUAAAAGAGGAGCCAUCAGCUGUGGUGUGUCCCGUUAUUGAUGUGAUUGACUGGAACACCUUCCAGUAUUUGGGCAACUCUGGAGAGCCGCAAGUCGGGGGAUUCGAUUGGCGAUUAGUCUUCACUUGGCACGCUGUGCCAGAGAACGAGCAGAAACGCCGUCGCUCGCCCACUGAUGUCAUCAGGUCUCCUACCAUGGCAGGUGGUCUGUUUGCUGUGAGCAAGAGCUACUUCCUCUAUCUGGGAACAUACGAUACUGGCAUGGAGGUGUGGGGAGGAGAGAACCUGGAGUUUUCCUUUCGGAUCUGGCAGUGUGGGGGCAGCCUUGAGAUCCACCCUUGCUCCCAUGUGGGCCACGUGUUCCCCAAAAAGGCCCCGUACUCACGGAGCAAGGCCCUGGCCAACAGCGUACGGGCCGCUGAGGUCUGGAUGGAUGAAUAUAAAGAGCUUUACUAUCACCGCAACCCUCACGCCCGCUUGGAGGCCUUUGGAGAUGUGACAGAGCGGAGGAAGCUGAGAGAGAGGCUGGGGUGUAAAGACUUCAAGUGGUAUCUGGAAAACGUCUACCCUGAUAUCCAUGUCCCUCAGGACCGGCCGGGGAUGUUUGGAAUGCUAAAGAACCAGGGCAUGGCCAACUACUGUUUCGACUACAACCCUGCAGAUGAGCACACCAUUGUGGGCCAAAGGGUCAUCAUGUACCCCUGCCAUGGCAUGGGUCAGAACCAGUUCUUUGAGUACUCCUCUGACGGUGAAAUUCGCUAUAACACGAGGGAGCCUGCAGGGUGCGUGGUAGGCGAUAACAUCUCUACCUACCUGACCGUCCAGCUGUGUAGAAACCCAGGACAACCCCUGCCAGUGGACCAGAAGUUUGUCCUACAAUCGGACGGAAGCCUGUACCACACAAUGAGCCAAAAGUGCAUCCAGGCAGUUGAGAAGACGGAUAACGGGACGCCGGCCCCUGCCCUCCGACCCUGCUCUGACUCCCCCCACCAAAAAUGGUUCUUUGAGGAGAGAACUUAAUGGGAUCAACCAAACUGAAGGUUAAAGGGAUCUUAGGCGGGGUUAGUGUAUGUCUGUGUGUGUGUGUUUGUGUGUGUGUGCGCGCGCGCACAUGUGUGGGUGGUUGUUGGUGGGGUUGUACCCCUUGAUUGAGAGUUGGAGGAAUUUUUGCCGGAGCCCUGCUGAGCUGCAUCCAGCAGUUUUUUUUUUGUAUUAUUUUUUUAUAUACGUUUGCCCUGUCCUGAAAGGAACUGGAAGGAGGAGGGGAUCUCUUUUCUCAUCUGGCACUUUUCUUUUCUUUUUCCCCCGCUAGCUGGACGUUACAGAUUCUUGGAACUUGAAUUAACCAAUACUGACUUAAUUGUUGUGUUUUUUGGGGGACAACCUAAACAGGAUUAUCUCUUUUUUUCCCUUGGAGAUGCUGGUACAAUCCACUGGAAUUGGCAUGAUGUCAUUUUUAUAUCAUCCAGCAGUAGUUAAGAGGGAUAGUGAUAAAUUGCACACAUGGUCAGUCCCCCCCCCCCCCCCGCCACAUUUGAAAGGCAAUUUGCUUUACACACAUUUAUUUGUGGACUUACAGUCUGUGUCUUUCUGUCUGUCCACUUAAGAGACCAACCCUAGUCUUGAUUAUCUCCAUCAACAAAACAAGAAUCACUUAGAAGCCGGUGGCAUUGACUGGUACUGUAAUGACGUUCACACGUCAUGUGAGAGGUUUCAUAAUGUCUCGGCAUAGUCCUGUAGGGGGGGCCGGUGCUCCUCUCUAAAGGCCCUGAUCCUCUGCUGUGUUCUCUAUUUAUAAAUGGGAAGUGGGACAGUUCUUCAGAUAUUUUGAUAAAAAAAAAAGUUUACAGGAUGGUUUGAGUGCUAACUACUCUUGCGUACCAAUGGCUUUGAAAUGAUGCCAUAAAUCAUAGGCAUUCUGUCUGGACGUAGUACCUCUUAUAUUUAAUCACUUAACUACUGAGAGAAAGAGAAACUCCAGUCCUGCAUUUUUCUAUUCUAUUUUGACUCCAGCACAGUUGCAGUGCAAACCUUACUGGGGGGAAAUAAGGUAUGGCAGGUUUUCAGUGUCUUGUAUAUUUUUUGAUUUCUUUAAAUGCAUUGUCAUUUAUGCUUCUCAUAAUGCAUUCUGUCCCCCUGCAGCCCAGUUCUGCUUGGUUUAUGUGCGGAUUCAAAGCCAUAUUACAAGGACGUCAUUAUUGUGUUAUCAGCAUAUUAUUUUAAAUGAUGUAUUUGUAGAUGAGGCUAAAUCGCUGAAUAAUCCCUCAUAGCUUUAUAGUUUAUGGAGAUAUCACAACUCUAGCAAUUGCAACUUGGAAAUUGAUUAACUUGACCGAAUGCUGUAUAACUGAAAAUGCAAUGAAGUAAUUGUAAGUAAU